CGGAGGAGAAGAACGGGACAGGAUGUGCUCAGUGAAGCUCAUGAUACUCAAGUUUCAGAUGUCAACAAGACUUCUGCAUUUUAUACGUCGGCAAACAACACACUCAUUAUCAAGUCAGGACACCUCUUUGGCGUAUGGGCCCUCUAUACUGCUCCUUUAAGUGCACAAAUGCAUGGUAGAUGAAAGGAUAGCUAAGAGGCGGUUGAUUGAUUGGCGCUGUGUUUCUUGUUCACUAGUCAAGGUUUUUAUUUCCAUGGAAUGACGACCUGUCGACAGCAUCCUCAGUGGCUGCCCUGCUACGGAGGGAGGACCCAUAUUUCUGAGGGAAGUGACAUCAAAACACUCUGGGAGGGGGGUUUUGGUUCGUUGAGGAAAGAUUGGUAGACUUUCAUAAGUCCUCAUGGCAGGCAAGCAAAGUGGUAAAGCUGUCGGAAAAGUGGAAUCUCUAGCACAUAGCUGCUUCUGCUUUGAUGUAUUGUAACUUGCACUGUGUUGUCAUACCUCUCUUCCUCAUGUCGCUGUCUCGAUUAACCUGGAGAUGACCGUCAGCAUUAUCACCUUGUCAUCGUUGCCGUCAUCACCAACGCGACUGCUGCUGUAAUUAUCAUCAUCAUUCUCAGCUCUCUCUUCUUCUUGCAGCUUCCUGUUUUUUUUAUAUUGGACUUUGAAGCUUUGUAAGCGCCAAUGGCAUCUUUCUGGCAGUGGAGGGGUAUGAGAAAGCAGGACAGCAAAGGUUCAGCAUCAGAUCAGCAUGGAAUACUACAGCCAGUGUCUCUUCAAGCGCCACCGCUGGUGGGUGGUUUCAGCAUGGAUCCGCGUGGUGAUCAACAAAGGUCUUCCUUAGACAUGGCUAAUGAGCUACUGCAACGCAGCACAAUGAGCGUCCCCGAUACCGUUGACAUAAUAGCAUGGCCAACUGAUGUGACCUACGGCCGGCCUGUGCAGCCAGUGGGAGUGGGUCCCAUGUCGAGUUCUUCUGGCCCCCGAACAUUUGGAGAACAUGUUCUUGUUAACUCCCCGAAGCAGCGAAGUGAUUCUCCAGUUCUGCGUCCCGCAUCUCCAUCAUUGCGACCUACCUCCCCCUCUCUUGCAUCCUCGUCUUCAUUUAAUCGUUCUCAAUCUCCUCUCCGUCAAUCUUCAGCUCACUUUUCCCAGUCACCAACUCAGAUGGCCCAGGCUCUGCUAUCUUCUUUCUCCGGUACUAAGGGAGAAUCCGGAGGCUUUCCAGGUGAGACUGAGCAAUCGGCACCGGCUCAAACUGAAUCUGGCUAUGGACGUUCCUUGUCGAUUCCAGCCUUGACAAGAAUAGUUGGUUUCCCAGAUGCCUUGCCAUCCACACAGUCGCCAUCUAAAGAUAGGGAUUCUUGGGCUGAACAAGGGUACACAAGCAAAGAUGAUGUUUUCGUUCCAUCUCCACAGGAAGUUGCCUCAGCUGCCCCUGUGGCACAUCAGCCAAGUCCAUCCCCACCUGCUGACCAACAACUGCAACUCAUGAGUGGUUGGGAUGAUGGUGCUGCUCGUCUUGCUGAUCAAAGACCAGUGAUGGAUGUAGGUCCUAAGGAUAAGCAUUCAGGGCCCUCUGAGGCUACCGGUAAUGGCUACCAUCGCCAUGCAACUUCCUCCGAGAGUGUAGGGAGGUUUGGGAGCAACCCGUCGCUCAGUGUAUCAGAAGAUAUUAGUGGCUCAAAGGAAGGAAGCAGUGUUAAUGCGAGGGAGCUGAAAAAGAAGGCAAGGGAAAGGAGAAGUGAGUCGGGAGGUGAAAAUGAUGAUGGAUACGACUCAAAAGCACUGGAGGACCGGGAAAGCAAAAUUGAGGAUCACAAAGAGGGUCGGCGAGAUGAACAACCUGAUUAUAAAUUGGGAGAAAUCACGUUAGAAGGGGGUGAGCACAUCAGAACAGGAAGAAGCCGCAAUGAUGGUAGAAUUUAUCAGCAAGAGAGAGGAGGCGACAGGGAUAAUGUCAGUCGCGAAAGGAAAGAGAGUGCUAUGCCUGCAUCUGUGGGCACAGUGGCUUCUUGUUCAUCAAGUUCUUCUUCCAGCUCAUCAUCAUUUAGUAGUUCUUCAGAAGGAGAAUCAGAGGCAAGUGUAGAUGGAGGGCAUGAGAAAAAGAUGGAACCAAAAGGGUUUGGGAAAGCAACAUCAGCUGACGGAGAGGGUGGGCAAGGGGAAAGGACGGUGCGGGCUUCUGAGGAGGGCGGCAGGACAGGUGGGCUGGGUGACCAGGAGCACGAAACACAGGAAAGGAAGGAAUCUUUGCAGGAUGCAGAGAAAAGGAAAGCAAGGAACAGAGAGAAGAAAAAAAGGAGGAAAGAGAAAAAGCGCAAAGAUCGAGAAAAAAGGAUGCAGUUCCUUGACUCUGUGGAGAGCAGAAUUGAUAAGGGAGCAUCUGUGGAUGUGAGGCGUUUGGAGACCCAAGCUGCUGCAGAAGAUUCCGAAUUACAUGCUCAGAACCUAGGUGGAACUAUGGAGAAUAGUGCUUUGAAACGGUCCACAGAACAUGAGGAAAUUCAUGAUGUUGUUUUCCUUAGUGGGGACCUUGAGAAUGCCUUGUCAUGGGAAGAGAUGGUUGGGAGUUUUAGUCUUCCAAAUGCUCCAAAAGAGGAUUGGGGAAGACAAGCUGGAGCGUCUGAUAAUGAUCUCAUUUCAGAUUUGACUUCUGCUGAAGCCAUUGGCAGUUUGGCAGGUCAUGAGGGUGCAAAAAGCGAAUCUCCACGAUUUCAAGACCAUUCUGCUGGAGACACAAACAAGUUAGGAGCGGCUGUCUCAGAAAAGGGAUUACAGGACGAGGAAGCAAUGUCAGAAAAGGCGGGUAAGGUUCCAAGCAUGUCAACAAUGUUCACUAAUUGGUUUAAGAUGGGCAAGAAGACAUUUUCUGCAUUGUCCACAGCUCCUGCUGCAGAGACGAAAGCUGAAGCCCCUCAGUCUGCAACUGAUACUGAUAUACAAACAGUGGAAUCAAAUGUGAAGAGGGUGGAUUCUAUGAGCCAGGGAUCUUCAGGUGGAGUACCCUCUGCUGCUGAACCGACUCCCCCAACGUCAGAGCUUUCUCACAAACUCCAGAGACCUUGGUUCAAGCAAAGAGCAGAUGUUAAGGAAGUGAUCAAGGCAGAACCCUUGAGCGAGGUGGACUCAGAAUCAUCGGUUGUUUUUUCCAUUGAGACCAUCCACGCCGAGCAUAGAUUACCGCAGCCUGAGCAUGAUCCUACUGCUGUAGCAUUCAUGGGAGUUGUUGGACCACCGUCUACUAGUGCACUACUCACAGGGCAAGUGCAUCAUCCCCCUGCUGAAACUGUCCACGUAGACACCGUUCAUCAUGUUGAUGCCCACUCAUUCAGUGAAGUUACUCGGGAACAUUCUUCUCUGGAACAGGUUUCAGGCAUGCCAAGAGAUAAUUUGGACAUGCGCACCACUGUUGAUGAAAGGAAGGAUUCUGAUCAAGUAGUUGUAUCAGCAACCAAGGAGGCUGCAGUAAUUUCGACGGAAGUCAAGGAGAUCCCAGAAAUCAGUCCAGAAGGUACACCUUCGGAUCAGUAUGCAAGUGACCAGAAGUCUUACCCUCCAGCAGAGGUAGCAGUCUUGGGGAAAGAUGAUGAUAAAAUGACAUUCAACCGUAUGAUUGAGACACUCUCUGUUGUGGCCAACACUUUUGAGGCAAUUCGAGGAGCUGGAGCCAGGAAGGAGAGUGCACGGACAGCCGUGGUAGACGACCACAAACCUGAAGUUGAUAUGAAGCCAUGUGACAACAAGGUGACAUCAUUUGAUGAUGCAAAAGAUGCAGAAGGUUCAAGCCCAAUCCCAGCUUCAGUUCAAUCUGUUGCCAGUGAGGGAGGGAUAAUCCUUACGGGGCACAGUGUUACCAAAAACAGUGAUGCUCGAAGCAGUCCCUUGAAGCUUUUACUGCGAACUGACAGCGCCCGUAAGCUGGAACUGGAGGAGUCUGACAUUGACAGGUAUGAGGAUGCAAGAGAUGUGGCGGAUGAUUGGAGUUCGGCGAGUGCAAUGAGCCCUCGUGCAAGUUAUGACAACUUCGGAGCCCAUAGUUAUUAUGGAUCUAUGAGAGGAAGCUCCUCAGAGGAGAUUUUUCCAGACACACUACUUGAGUCAACAGCUGAGUCGGCCAAGUACCCCAAUGUGUCAGCGGAACAAGUUCCCAUGGACUCUACAGCAACUAAGAGGUCUGGGCAUUCCGAGGACUUAUCCAAGCAGCAUGGGAGUCAGCAGCAACCUUUGGGGGGAACUUCCGAAAUCCUUACUGACACCGAUACCGGUUUGGCGAUUGCGCCCGUAGUGUCAGUCGAUGGCAGCCAAGGAUGUCCUCCGAUGGGGAUGGCGGAGACAUCUGGAACAGGUGUUGGAUCAGAGACAGUUGCCGGUGCGACGGUCAAUCAAGCAGAAGAUUUGUCUGGAGACAAGACAAAGCGAAAGGAGAGGAAUGUGGGGAAGACAAUUACCCAGCUUCUCCGGUUCUCAGGCUUGAGCUUUGUACGAAAACACAGCCAGAGCCAGGACAGACCAGAGCCUGAAUCGCAGACUAAUGCAGUGGCUGUUUCGAGAGAUAAGGAUGAUAGACUGAUGGUCGCGCAAGACGACUCGAAGGUUCUGCAUGAUUUGCCUGUCAAGCAACAGCACUCGAGAACAGGGUCCUUGGAGGAGAAAAGUCCCUUUGCUGCUACUAUAACCAAGCCUCAAGAUGUGGAUGCUGCCAAUUCGACGCAGGAGGAUAAUGACAUAAACAUCAGGGAAAGUGUGACUGAGGUUGUUUCUCGUCCCUCCUCUGAAGGUGAUUUGGCUCCAGUGUCCUCUCCAUCUCCAGAUGAUGCUGAAAAGAGCAGCAGCACCAGUGAUGCUGAUCUCGUGGAAGCACCUGUGGGUACAAACGGAUUGCCACAGGCGGAGCCCAUCGGGAAUGCAAAUUCUGAGGGCCAAGAUUCUUACACUUCGGACACCCAGGUUGCAAUACCUUCUUUCAAGCACACCAUGGAGGAUCAGAAAGUCCUUUCUUCUGUUGUCACAGCGGAUGGCACAACGAGCAGCAGCAUUCCCCCUGAUGGUGAGGCAACACAUGCAUGUGAGGAGGUCGGGGAGGAGCAAGAAGAGGUGGCCUCCGAGGCAAUGCGGAGUCUGCCAACUAUACCAGGUUUGCGACAGUUGGUCAUUAGCCACCAUUCUACCUCUGCUGACGGAAGAGAUUCACAUCUCGUCCAGGUUGACAAGGCCAACAACUACAUGGCUGGAAAGGAGGAGCACCUGGAUGAUCCUCAUCAUGCUUUGCCAGACACAAAUUCUGCGACACUUGGAACUGCCUCGGAGCAGCAGCAGCUUUCUUAUUACCUGCAUGAUCCUCAUCAUGCUUUGGCAGACAAAAAUUCUGCCACACUUGGAACUGCCUCGGAGCAGCAGCAGCUUUCUUAUUCGGUUGACAGUGCUUCUGAGUUGAGUGCUGACGAUCUUCUUCCAAGAAGCCUGUACUCAAUGUCACGCCAGAGCAGGAAGCAAACGGCAACAGGGAUGGAAAUGGACUCAGCUGCUCGUCCAGGUGCUGUCUCCGACAUUGAUAAUAAAGGCAACCAGCUAUAUAAGCCGUCAGGGAUGGACAACAAGCGCGCGUCAUCCUCAAGGAAUGAGGUGCAUACCGCGCCCAUAGUGGCAAUCAGUGAGGCAUUAGCAGGUGAUACACAAAACAUUGAGAUGCAUGCCUCCUCUUCCCCCAUCGCCUCUUCCUCAUCCAUCUCCUCCUCCUCCUCCUCCUCCUCCUCCUCCUCUUCCUCUACCCUGCGCUCCUCCACCUCCUCCUCGACCUCUUCUAUCUCAUCUGCCUCGUCCCACUCCUCAUCAAGUCAGAUCCCUGUGAAAGGCAUGGAUUCACUGAACCAUCCCUUGGUCUCCUCUAGUGACCAGAGGCCAUUACAAUCCUCAGCGGAGAGCCCAGAGCCUGCUCCUUCUCUUGGCCCGAAAGGGCACCCUCAGAUUGCAAACGAGGAACAUGGACGAUCUAUGCUUUCUGGUCAUGAUGAGGUUGAUGCGGAGAAGAAACCAAUCACUGGGAUAAUUGAAGUCGAUGGACCGCAUGCAGCACUCGGAACCGAGCCAGAACUGGGAAUGGCAGAGAUCGAAAAGCAGGGGGUUAUCUUAACAGCUGCUUCACCACCUCCCUCAAGCAGAGCAGAAGACAGAACAGCAUCUGUGGCAGCAUCAAGCAAGCAAAGCAAUGGCGAACAAUCACCUUUGUCUCCCUGGGAAAUAGGUGGCAAGCAUGAAGUGCUCCGUGCUACCUCCACAUCUGUGUUGUCAACAAGCAACAUGAAAGAGGACCAACAGCAUCCCCAGCAGCAGCAGCUCCAGCAUCAGCAGCCCCAGCAGCAGCAGCAGCCGCCGCCGAGAGGUCUCUUUGACCGUCUGUUUGGAAAGAGAGUUGAGAGUGAAAGUCUCUCAGUGACAGAGGUUGUUGAAAAUCAGGCUGAUAAUAAUGAGAGCCUUGGAGCCUCUGUUGAGGAGCCAAUUUCUCAAGCAGAGGCAUCAGAAACAAAUAGCACAGUCUCCUCUGCAGAAGUGAAUGAGAUUGUGAACGAGUUAUGCACAGCGUCAGAUCAGGAAGAUAAUAUCAUCAAUGCAUUCUUGGUGGCGCAGCAAACUGCAGCUCCUCCCCUUCCGCCCCGGGGUGGAAGUGACCAAAGAAGUGAAACAGCGGAGAGAAAAAUAUUUGCCGAUGUCAUGCCUCCUGUGCAGGUGCACACAGUUGACAAGAUCCCUGACAAGAAGGAAAUCCUCGCAGCAGAAGACGAUGGGAAGCAGAUCGGAUCCAACAAAGGAAUAGCAUUCCCAGUCCCAGCUUCUCUCCAGGAUUUACAGGUGGAAGAACUAUUCAUGAAGACUGCGAACAGAACAGAAUCCGAUGAUACCGAGCAAGAAAAAACCAGAUCUAGGAUGGUAGGCAGUCAAACCGUGACGAAGAGCGACGACUCUAAGCAGAUUUGUCAGGUUGACCCUCUCCACGCUGUAACCCUGCCUCUGUCUGUCCAUGACAAUACGGAUGUGCCAGCUCCUGCAGGCCAAUCUCAGGCGGGGAAGGGAAGCAUCACUGUAACUCCUGCUGUGUUGCAGAGGGACACCUCCAAGGAAAGCAGACCCCAGCCCCCGCGAACACACACAGUGGCUUCUGAAGCUGGCAACUCCCUAGCAGACCCUCCUUUGCUUCCUGAAGAACCUAGUCCUCCAGCUAGACAGUCACUGCAGGCCACUGGUGACAGACCAGAGAACUCUCCAGCAAUCUCCCUCCCAGAUCCUUCCUUACUUCCUGAGGGGCGUAUCCUUGCAGCAAGGCAGCCGGUGCAGUCCGCAGGUGACAGAGGAGAGAACUCCCGAGCAACCUCCCUGGCAGACCCUUAUGUACUUCCUGAAGGACAACCUGCAGCUAGACAGUCAGCGCAGGCCACAGGAGACAAAGGAGAGAACUCCCCAACAAUCUCCGUGGCAGCCCCUUAUUUGCUUCCUGAAGGACCUAGCCUUGCCACAAGACAGUCAGUGCAGGCCGCGGGCGACAGAGGAGAGAACAAUGCGGCAAUCUCCCUGGCAGACCCUUACUCGCUUCCGGAUGGAUCUAGCCUUGCAGCUAGUCAGCCAGUGCAGGCCACCGAUGAUAGCGGAGAGAGCUCCCCAGCAACCUCAACGAUGCCUUUGUCGCAGAGUUUUAGUACCAUGUCAACCGACGAAGGACUGAUAAAACAUGCAAAAGCUGACCGGGAGAAAGUGUCAUAUAUGCCAGAGUCAACCAUUGCUGUUGACGAUGCAGAUUUGGAACCAGGCUAUGACAAUUCUGUGGAGUUGGGUUGGCCUUUGCAAGAGGAAGUGGAAUCAUUGCAUUCAAAAAUGACACUUCAACCUCAUCAUGUCGACAGCAUUCACUUGGCAAAGUCGUCAGAGAGACAGCUAGAAGGAGCACAUAUGAAUGCUACAGGAGGGGUGCAAGCUCCCGAUCUGUUGGCUGCACGAGAUGACAGUGCCCUUCAGAAACGAUAUGAGAGUGGUGCACACAAGGGGGUGUAUCUGUCUGCUGGUAGACCUUCUACCAAGUUGUCAUUCGAUGCAAUUGAUACCGGUCGCCGGAGCCUCGACUUGUUUCCCAAGACGGAAGGUUCUCCAGUUGUAGGAUCUCCGGGCUCUCCAGAAUCCUGGUUUGGCUCUCCGGUUGGCGGAAGCAGUGCGAAAAUAAAGGUUUUAAAGUAUAGUGCAUCAAUGCCAUCAACUAAGAAUGUGGCUAAGUCAGAAGAACAGCCUCUGACGGUCUCUGCAGCCCCUGCGUAUCGUCAAUCAUUUGCGAUUGAAGAUAGGACAGAAGUGGGACCCAUAGCUGUGACAGAGGGGGAGUUUGUUGAACUUGCCAAGUCUAUGGAGAAUGAGGAGGAGGGAAGGAGGGCCAUUGAGCUUGACACAAGCUCCACCAUCAGGACAGCUGGUGCUAAUGAUGGGCACAAGGAAUCAGAUAUCUCGGUGUCUCAAAGCUCAAGCAUGAGUUUAGAUUCUUUAGAAUCUUUAGAUGGGCAGCAAGAGCGCAAAAUGAACGAGGCAGCAGAUGGAAGAAGUGGCACCCUCAACAAGGACGAAGACGUGGUGACUGAGAAGGAUGUGUCCGGGCAUGUGAGAGAAGGAGAGGAAAGCAAGCUCGGAGUGGAGGGUCAGAUCAGUGACACAGAACCGACGUCAUCCUCCUCUGGCAAAACAGCAGAGGCCAUAGCAAUCCCACAAGGAGGUCACGGGUCUAUAGAUUUUGACGAUAGCAGCAGUAUUGUCAAAUCUUCAGCAGAGGUCUCUCCUUCAGCUGCAGGAGCUGCCUCGUCCUCUGCUUCCUCAUCUCCACCUUCGUCUCCGUCCUUCUCAUUUAUUCAAAAAGCAAAGAGCAUGGCGGAGUCAGUAAUGGAAACAGGAUCUGCAGUUGUCGGGCGAGUUGCGGAAUCUUUUGCAGGGUUCCAUAGGAAACCGGACAGAGCUGAAAGGAGUCUGGAUAGUGAUACACAUGAGGGCGAAAAAACGGACACUGCAGCUCCUGCAUCCACAACAGGCGCUGUUGUUUAUAAGACGCCUGAUGCCCCAGCAGCAGCAGGUGACAGACCUGCAGCAAAUCUGGGUAUCACAAGUGAAACAAAUGAGUCGUCAUCUGCUACGCCAAGGAAGGUGCUUGACGGUCAAAAGCGUAAUCCAGUACCUGUGCUGAAUGAGAAGGUGGGACUCACAAAAUCAACGGCAACAGAUCCAGGAGCUGAUUCGCUGUCCCGGCUGUCGACUGGGACAGGGACCAUGGACCUGGACACUUUUGCCAGCAAGCUUGAGAGCUCGAACAAACCUGUUCCGCCCAUGGUUCCCAGCAAGAGAACACCUGUUGCACUGGGACCUGAAUGGGAAAAGGAUCGCUCUAACAUGCCACCUGCCCAUCCUACAUCCACAAAGGCUGAGUCUGGGUUGUCCCAGACCCCUGGGAAAAUAUCUUCUCCAGGACGAUCGUCCUCCACUCAGGACCACCUUGUUCUGCCGACAUAUCCUGCUUAUGUUGAAACAGUGAAGGUCAGUCCGAGGCAAGGUACUGAAACUGCUAGAAAGAGGGACGCGGAUACCGUUGGCCUUAGGCGCAGCAUUUCUGUAUUCAAAGUGAAAAGAAAGACGAUCAGGGAUCGGAUGAUGUGUUGCACCAGUCCAAAAGUGAAAGACUGACAGUAAGGUUCUCUGUCAGAGAUCGGGUCACCAACCAUGUCGGCACAGGCGACUUGAACUCAGCAGGCAAUCGCAGAAACCGAAAUGCUGGCCACCAUUGCGUUUAUGUUAUGCUAUGCUUGCCUUUUGUGCCUGGAGACUCACAAGAGCGCUUCUUUUUGGCCUGGGAAGCCUCGAGUGACUUCAUAGCGGUGGUCCCAUCUAUCAUUACUAUAGCUAACGGCUUCCCAACAGAACAUGCCAACCGUGACAAAAGUCAUACUGCGACGUAACUGUGUAGCAGUGGAUCUAAUGCGAGAAGAUGGAGAUGAUUGUCGAUUGAUCUUCGGCCGGGAUGAUUGAUUGAUCAUGCAGUUCAGAUGCUCCGCCAAGGUCAUUGUAUUAUUUGCUUCCACCUCACAGCUCUUAAGAGUGUCACAGCCACACAGCUUCUAAGAUUGUUGGUUGGAUUGGUCUAGCAGCCUCUGUAACCAACUGGCCUAGCUCAGGUGGUACUCCCCUUAACUGUUGAAAUACAGACCUGAGUUUGAACUCACCUGAGAUUGUUGGUUGCAUAGGUCUAGCAGCCUCUAGCUAUAACCUACUUUUAAAUUGGAGCUGCAGCAUAGGCCUGGCUAUAACUCCAUUAGUCUAUUGCCAGAGGAGUAUAGUCGUGAACAGGGUAAUGACUAUAGAAAGUUUGGUGUGUAUUGCUGCCUGAUACCUCAAGUGUCACGAGUUCGGAAACAGAUUUUCACCGAGUCUGUGAAAAUGCGCUGUUGGACUUGGUAAUUUGAUAUUGACUGAUUAUAGGAAUCCUAAGAGUCAGAGCGCAUGAGGGAGGUGGAGCGUUUGAAGCAUAAGUUGAUAGAUAUACGGUGUAUAGGAGUGCUAAGAGUGGAAGAGGCUGAUGAGAGGGGUGGAGCAUUUGAGACAUAAGCGGAUGACAUAUACAGGUUAUAGGAAUGCUAAGAGUCCAACGGCAUUUGGGAUGAGACAUAAGUUGGUGAGGUAAGUUGAUGAGAUAUACAGGUAUAGGCUGAGAGAGGCGGAGCAUUUGAUUUGAGACAUAAGUUGCUGAGAUAUACGGGUUUUAUUGGUUGGAAAACCAUCCGAUUCCCACGAUACCCUCCCCCUUUUGAAACUGACUACACACUAGGCAGAGUACCAGUUGGACGGACAGCUUCGCCCUCAUAACCGGUUUCUCAAGUUGUCAUCACACAGUCCCUACAUAGGGGUAUCAUGGAGUCUAACUGACAAGGGUCACCUCACUGGUACCACUGUAGUCCUCUGGGUUCCAAAACUGACAAGGGUAACCUCACUGGUACCACUGUAGUCCCCUCUGGGUUCCAAAACUGACAAGGGUAACCUCACUGGUACCACUGUAGUCCUUUGGGUACCAUAACUGACAAGGGUAACCUCACUGGUACCACUGUAGUCCCCUCUGGGUUCCAAAACUGACCACUGUAGCCCUCUCUGGCUUCCAAAGGACAGUGACUGGCAUUAUCCUAACAAGUUGAAGCCAAUGGCUUUGCCAUCACGCAUGCUGUGCUGCCAUAUUCCUGCUUGGUUUAUGUAGUGAUGUCUCUUAGCUCGAUCUCGGCCUGAUUCCAAAAACUAUACAGAUGGGGGUGAUAAGACAUGUGGUGAACAUGCCGUCAUAGGAUGCCAUCGGUAAGUAUUACUCUGGUCUCCCCUGCAAGGAUUCGAACCGGCAUGCUCUGGCUCAACCAUAGGAUGCUGUCCAGGACCUCUACUUCCUAGUCAGAGAUCCCCACACUUCCACCAACCACAGUCCCUACCCCCUCCCUUCCGUGGCCCCACUCGGUCCCCUUUCCUUUGGGACACACAGUAGCUGUGCACAUGUCACAUAAAGCAUUCAUGAUUGACUAUCUUCCCCUGACUACCACUACCAUAAUCAGAUGGAAUAUGAGACCUUAGCAGUUGAUAAACCACUCUUCACAAUUUCAAAAUUCCCGAACUUCUUUUUCCUUUUUUUGUUUUGUCAUCCAUCAUCCUCAUGGUGGAUGUGAGCUGGGAUAUAUCUAUAACCCUAAGCUAUCUAAUAUGUGUUUGCGUUCUGUGAUAGCCUUGGCUAGCCAGAGCUGAGGCCAAUCGGUGUCACAUUGGCACUGGCAGAGGGUGGUCCAUGUUACUUGCUUACAUGCUUACUGCCAUCACCUGCUUUCUUAUCUGUAACCCUAAGCAUUUUCCUCGCCAUGUGGAGUAUUAACAGCAUGGAAGCCCUUUCAGUGGGGCAUGAAGUAUCCCCAUAUCUGCUUACAUGACUGUGUGACGUGACGGUGUUGACACUCUUAGAGUGAGGAUGAUUCUGCUCAUGCUGGCAGAAUUCUCUGAGGUGAAGUGAGCUGCCGCUUUUCAAUCUACGUAUGAAAAAGCACACAAAGACAUAACUCUCCACUCGUACACACCAGACUGGCAUUAGUUAAUGUCUGUUGUCAUCUCUGGUCACUGUGAAGACCUCGAAAAGUUUCUUUAGGCUUAUCGUAUAUCAAGUUUAUUUAGACACACUCACAGCACUCAUGCAACAUGCACAGCCAUUCAGGAACAACUUGUCGAUUUCGAUGCUUGUUACUCCCGUCGACUUCCUUUUGCUCGAUUCCAGAAUUUCCAGUCGCCCUCUCGAGCUAAAUCGGUGUUACGAUGUGCAGAACUGAUUCAAUACUCGCCGCGUAAACGAUUGCCUGUUCAGUCGACUUGUGUAGGAUAUGAGGAGUGUGAUGUUUUUGCUUUCGCAAAAUCUGCGUAGGCGCGCCGUAGGGUCACUUUCCUUGACAUGGAUUGUUCACAAGGCACAGCCUGUUACCUGGGUAUGUCAACGGGCAACUGUAGAGGGCGGCGCCGAUGCUGAAAAAGGAGACAGAGAGUCUACUGGCAGUUUGUGUUCUUCACAUGACUGGGGAACAUCAAUGGUACAGCGAUUCUGGCAAGAUGAGUGGUCUUUCAAGGCCAGUAGUUCCUCACACACUGUAUUUCUAAUCCCUGCACAGAUGGUACUCGCUCCAUGGUUCUUCACAGAGUGCUUCCCCUAUGGUACUCGCUCCUUUGGCUUCGUAUGGUUCUUCACAGAGUGCUUCCCCUCUGAACCGUGCGUGCAAGAUUUCCAAGCACCUGGCUGAGGCUGGCUCCCCAUCGAAAAAGGCAAGACUAUGACUGUUUCGCUUCCAUUGUCACAGGCCUGUGCAAUCAAUUCUGCACCAUCAUGCCACUGUGAAUAUUUGGCUUACUGUGAAUUCGAGAGACGGGACAAGAGCACGCUGGAAAAGGGCAACUGCCAUUUAUGAAGACAGAUUUUUGUUGAACUAUAGUGUGUUCAAUUUUUCCUUGAAGCUUAUUGCAAAGGGGAGCAGGUAGGAACUGCAUCCUACUGGUCGAGGGACAUGAACGACAUUAACUUGCAGGAGAGGACGAGUACGCCGGAAUGGAACAGUGUACUUGUUGACCGUUGGCUCUAACGCCAGCUCACAACUUUGGCUGAGGAGGAAGGAGGUGGAUAGGAGGGAUGGAGCUUUUCAGUUCUUUCCCAAACAAAAGUAUUAGCAGUGUCCGUACUUUGAAGUGAACUUCACCGGAGCUACUCCCACUUGUUCGAGGCUUAAGAAGGAUUCACAGGAACGCAUAGCUUGAGAAAGCCGCAGCUACUGCACAUAACUAAUUGGGAAGAAUGAAGUCAAGAUCAUGUUAAAACAUGUGCACAUCCAGGCAUGGCUAUGCUAUGAUGCACAAGCCAGAUGGGGUCGCUGGAUAUGGAUAGAAUGCAUGAAGUUCUUGACUUGGAGAUGUGAGAUUGGGAUUCGUGUAGAUGCUUGAGUUAGGUUUUGACUUCAGUCUCAAAGAGGGAGGUGUUGAAGGGGUUGGGAGAGAGAGAGAGAGAGAC